CGAUAAUCUUCUAUACUCAAUACUACAGUCUACAGAGUCUACAGCAUCUGGGUUACAGUUACAGUAAGGAAAAUGCCGAUGAUGUCUAAUUUUCUUACUCUUAGUAGCUUAUUAUUGAAAGCAACGAGCAUCACUUUUAAUAAAGUUAAAUUUGGAAAUAUUUUAGCAAUUCAAUCAAUUUAUAGAAGUUAUGCAACACAUAUACCUUUAAAAUUAAAACCUGUAAAGGUCACUACAUCAACUAAAAGGGGCACAAAUCCAAACAAAAGAACAACAAAGAAAGGCCAGAUAAGAAAAGAACACUUUUCCUUUGCUGACGAGUCUUACAACGUUGAUGAAUUAGCGCACAGAAUUACAAAAUAUAGCAGCAAAUCCCAAGCACUUGCAGCAAAAGAAGAAUUCAUGAGGUAAGCCUAAUGCCUAAAUUUACCCACCUGACUAUGACUAUAGACUAUAGUCUACUGUGACUAUAGUAAAGACUAUAUACUAUAUAGUAAUAAUUUGUAAAUAUAUAAAUAUAUAAAUAAAAUAAUAAAACACUUAAAAUUGAAAAUAAAAACAAGGCUAAGACUAACGGCCCUUCCAAUCAUUACAUUACGUCAACAAAAUGGGGGGGGGUAAAUGUUAGACAGUUGUUGACAAGGCAAGAACAAGGGGGAGGGAGGGGGGUUUAGAUUAGUUGACGUCAACAGUCAUGUUUUUUCUAUGAAAAUUUUAAUCUUAAAAAUUGACUGGUUCUUACAUUAUUUAAAAAAAUUUAAUUAAUGAGUGUAAACAGUAAAUGUUCAGGCUUUUAACAAUAUAAGAGUUAUUUAAAGUGUGUCUGUCUGUGCACUGCGCAUGGCUGGUCAGAAUGCUAGCACACUUUGUAAGUGCAAGAGAAGUCAAAAGUUGGCAUCUCUUCACCUGUCAUUUUUCUUUUAAUCCGCUCCCUAGAAUGAUUAACACAUCAUUGUACACAGUGUUCAAUUUACAAAAAACACCAACUCAUCAGUGUUCAAUAACAACUAUACCAACUCAAAGACAGAGAGCUUAUGGCAACUAUUGCUCACACAGACAAUGCUUCGAUUUUAAGUGCUGAAUAGUUAGAUAAGGAUGAUGUUGACUUGUCUGGUAUAUCAGUUCCGCAAGAUGAAAAUGAGAAAUCAGCUACUAUAGACUAUGCCCAUCAGGGGCGUCAUUUCAGGUUUUUUUAAGGAGGGGGGGGGGGGGGCCAAAACUUGGUUGGCUUGUUAAGUUGUUUAUUACUGGAGGCACCACAGUGCAUAUCAAUUUAAAUAAAACCAGCAAAAUGGGGUGGGGGAGGCAAAUGCCCCCCUGCUACCUAAAUGAUGUCCCUGAUGCCCAUUGUUACGAUAGAGCAACACCUGGCUAUUCCAUGAGAAGAUAAUAGACUAGAAACUAUACUAUAAUUGUCAGCUAUACUGACAUUACUGACAAUAAUCAUAUUUAUACUUCCACAAACAGUUAUAUUUAGUCUUUAACAAACUUUUAAUUUAUUCUGCAUUAUAAAAUUUAAGUGUACAAACUUUUUAACUUUAUUAAUUUAACAAGCUAAAGAUGUAAUAAAAUGUUUUUUCCUACAGUUUUGUGUUAUUAAAAAUACAUCAGCACAAAGUAAAAUGUAUUUAUAAAUUUAUGUAUACCGGUAUUAUAAUUCAUUGGGGGGGGGGGGGGGGAUAAAAUAUUGACAUAAUUAAAUGGGGGGUCAUCAAAAGUUUGACAGUUUUGGACCAGGGAGGGGGUAAAAAAUUACGGGGGAAAAUUGUUGGCGUAAUUAUUGGACCACUAAACAGCUAUUCGGAUGUCAUUUGUGGUAGUUUAUUUUAGUUAUACUGAAGAAUUAAGUUUACAAACAUAUAGUCUAUUCAAUUAUCUUUCAUUUGAUACCUAAUUUUGUCUUACAAACCCAACAAUCAAAUUUUAAAUAGUUUUUUAAUCUCAACCUCUCACUUCUGGUACCGGGUACGAAUAGCCACUUCAAAAAGUUAAAGCAAUGACUCUACUCUUUGCUAGGUUUUAAUUUUUUAAAAAUAAUUUUGAUAAAAUAAUUUUAAAAUUCUUGAAGAUGUAUUGCUGAAAUUUCAAAAUGAGGUAACAAAUUUUCACUAUUAAAUGUCAUACUAGAAAUAUUUUAGUAUACCGGUAUCUGAUAUCAUCUGUAAUCAUGAACAACAUCUUCAUUCGUGGGUACUGUAUUAGUAAUGAUGUUGCGAAGUAUUUGUAAAAACAAACUAUUGCAUGAUUUAUCAAAACACAUUUUUUCCCCCCACAGGGACGCUAAGAAAGAAAUUAAAUUUAUAACAGCCAAGACUAUUGAGCGCAAGUAUUUCAAAAAGCCAGAAGUUCCAAAUUUAUUAACAUGGACAGCUAAAGAACAGAUUAGAUUUUUACAUGAAAAAGAUCCCUUGGAAUGGACCAUUGAAAAACUGGCGAAUAGUUUUCCUGUAAAUAAAGAAUGUGUAAAAAAAAUAUUGAAGAAUCCAAUCAGGUUACAUAGAGAAGAAGACAUUAUUAAACAUGAUUUGCAAGUACAGCAAAACUGGAUUGAUCUCAAAAGUGCCUUAGAUAAUGGUGAUUCAACAAUCUUUGGUGAAGAAGUCUACAGAGAGUUGAAAAGCUUACUCAAUGAAGAUGUUAUUUGUAAUGCUUCUGGCAUUAAGCAUUUGCCAUUUCCUCAUAAAAAAACUAAGUCAUUUACUGCAGAUGGGCCUUUCUCAUCAAUAGUUGAAGACUGCUAUGAGAAUAAGCAAGUUAAACUUAUUGAUAAUCUGCAAUUACAAAACAAACUGGCAAGGCUGUCAUUAAUUUUAUCAGAUAUCUCUAAAGCCCUUGAUAAAAAGAACAGUGCUGAUAAUUCAACAACUCCAAAAAAUAAUGAACAAUCUAGUGAAGUUCCUAAAAAAUCAGAUCCUAUUGAAAAUGAAAAUAAUACUUUUUCUAAAUAUAAUGACAGAAAGGCAAGUUUCAUAAAUGACCAACUUCAGUAUCACCCUAGUAGUAUUCCCUCACUCCUAAAACAGUCUUUGAAAACAGAUAAUGUUAAUAGAAGAAAAAGAUACAUUUCAGGAAAUUCUAUGUAUGAUGAAAAUGGAGAGUUUUUAUACCGAAUACCUUAAAAUUCUUUUAUUUUUAAUAAUAUGCAACAGAAAAAUUGUAUUUAAAAUAUCUGAUUUCUGAUAUUAAAAUAAAUGUUAUUUCGCCCAAUGUCAAAAAAAGAUGAGCUUUCACUGUUUAUUUGUUUUGGUAAUGUUAUAUUAUAAAGAAUAAUAUAUGAGGGACUUCGUUCAAGCUGUGUGAAGGAAAUAGUGCAACAAGAUAUGUUUAGGAUUGAAAUGAAAAGGCAGGACAAUUAAAAACACCUUUUCAGCUAGACCAGAUGCCUUCUUCAGUAGAAAAUACAAAACAAGAAAGAACAGAUACCAGUAAUUAAAAACCCACAUUUUUUGAAAACCAAAAUGUGUGUACGCAGUACCACAUAAUUCUAUGAUGGGUAUGACCUAGGAUAUUACAAUAGGUAAAAUAAUUUUAAGUAAGUACUAAAUUCAAUAUAUUGAUUGAUUUCAUAUGUUGUCCAAAAUCUGAAUUAAUUUGCUUUCAUUCUUCACUCAUGCUAGUAUAUCAGUGUUAGAAAUCUUUGGAUACAUCUGAUGCGCCCUUGUGUUCAUUUCCUUUGAAAUGGGGUGAGACCGGGGAUGGCUUGUUUUGUUCAAAAUCAUGAAGAUCUUCUGUAUCAAUGUAUUGAUCAUACUGCCUCCUAUUUAUGUAAAUGGGGUUUGUGGUGUUUCUGUGCCUGGUAUUGAAGAGGAUAUUUCACUGGAUGCAAGAGGUUCUCCACAAGGGUGUCAGGAACUUUUUACUGAACUAUCAGAUGGCCUUCUUCCCAUUUCACCUAUAUAAGAGGAGCAGCAUCUUCAGCAAAUGGUCACAUAGAUCAUAUUGCUACUAACACUAACACAUGUGAAACCCUCUAUGAUGAUAAAAGUUGCCGUGUGAAUGAAUGUGUUUAGUUUCUAGAACAUGUGUUCAGUACAAGUCCUUCAACAGCUUCUUGAGCAUGGUUUAAUUCUAAUGUGCGAUGGGUCAGCUUGAAGGCAACUGUGGACCAGAAGGUCACAUAGACAGAAUACAUUUUUAUGUUAUCUGAAGACAAUAAUUGGAGGGUAUGAGAAUACCCUGUUAGAGUCAGGGUCAGCAAGGAUGAUUCUUUAAGCUUUAAGAAUAUUUUUUUGGCAAUCAUAUUGUGGGGUGGUAGGUAAGAAUGAGUUUAGUUCAACCCUCAUUUUUUGUUGAAAGCCUCAUGAGUUAUUGUACUGAAUCACUCAAUUGUGCUGAAACAAGGGUAGUCUUAGGAAAAGGAUCUAUAAGGAAAGAAGUCCAUCAUUUCAAAAGCCCUGUCUGAAAAGUCUUCAUAAUACUGGCAAAGUUGGGAGAAAGGUAUGGAGUCUUUGCAUUUUUUGAGCUGAGAGUAUGAAUACAAUUAGUAACUAUGGCUGGCAGGGGGUUUUUCUUAGGCAGAGUUGAAUAAUCCGUUUUCUUUGAAGAUAAUGAUAAUGUUCAGAGAAUGUACAGAAUCGCCAGAGCUUUGGUAAGAAGAUUUAUUAGAUGGGUGGAAUGAGUUUUGAAAAUCAAUAAAUUGUUCAUCUAUGGCCAAUGCCAUCAUAUAUGUAUCUUUUGUAAAAUUCUGGGAUAUGCCAGUAUAUGCCUUCUUUACCAUGUUUUCAAAGUGACCCACGAAUAGACAAAACUAGGGCCCAUGUAGGUACCCAUAGCCACACCUCUAAUUUGGUCAAAAAAAUAAACAUUAAAAAUAAAAAAAAUUAAAAAACCAACAAUAAAAAAAAUUGAAUAAAUCCCACAAGAAAUGUAUAGGUUUAAUUUUAAACGGUCAGGUAAUAAAUUUAACAUUAUUAUACAAUCUAUAUAUUUGAAUGUGGCAUUAAAUGUACCGGUAUAAGUAAUCCUAUUGGUCUUAACAGUAGAAUAAAUAGCUGCAAAAGUUUGCAAAAAUGAAUUUUAAAUUUAAAUUACCAUCACAGUUAAAUUAGAAAAUGUUUAAUAUUAAUUAUUAAAAGCAUUUCUUUGAUUAGACCAUAGCUACUCUUGUAGAGUAUAGACUUAAGUUUCCA